UCUGAUGUGUGCAUUUUGCAGGCCUCAAGAGUGUAAUACGACAGUGAAAGAAAUUUUUGUGAAAUGGAAUCUUUUAAACGUGACGGUCAGCCGAAUAUGAUAAAAAAUAGGAAGAAAAGAGUCACCAAAUCCACGGAUUAUAAAGAACUUUCAUCCUCAACUGAAUGUGGACGUGUCAUGACCAUUAAGCGUGCUCAACCGAAACAAACCACAAAGGUUUUGCCUCCCAUCAUUCCAGUGCAAUUUGCCGAAAGAAAUGUGCGCUCCAAAGCAAAAUGUAGCAAGAAAGGCCAAACAAACCAUAUUACACCAGGCCCUGGGGAAAAGCUGAUCAAACAGAAACCAAAAGUUUCAAAGCAGCCUACAGAAGCAUUAUCUGCCAAGGGCUCAACAAGAGCUGCCCCAUCGCUAUCUUCAGGUAGUCUAUCAUCUGGUGAAGAAUAUGCCAGUGAGAAUGAAGCAAUGCCAAAUAUUAACUUAAUAUCAUCGAUCAUCAAUCAAUCGGAAGAUUCUUUGGGUGAUGGGGACGACGAUGACUUAUCCCAAGACGAGAUAGAAGAUGAAAUGGAAGAAGAAGCUGACCAACUAGUAAAAUCGGAUGAAAGAAGUGAGUCAAAUGGGUCACUACAAGAGUCAGACCAAUCAGCGAAUGCCGUAUCCUUUGAAAUUAUAAACAACGAAGAAGAGUUACUGAAUGCAUUGGAAGAAAUUGGUCUACAACCCGAAGUUAGCGAUGUUGUGGGAGAAUUGAACCACCCACAGAAGAACCUGUAUGUCAAGCGGCCGGAUGGUGUUUUUAUUGAACUAACCGAAGAAGAAAUAAUAAAAACCAUAACAGAAAAACAGUCGUUAAUGGUUCCCGUAAACGUAGCUCGAAUUAUUAUCGAGAUGAAGAAUGAUAUUUCAAGAAUAAAACAUGCUUUGGAAUUGCUAGCCAUUCGAAGUCCCGGUCUUGACGAAACCCAUCAGUCAAUUCCUUCUGAGUUCUCGUUUCCCCUUGACUCUCUUCCUGUUGAAACAGAGGAAGAUUUUGCCACUCUUUGCCGAGCCUUAAAAGAUCUCACGUUUCGAAACCAUCUUAAGGCAACCCUAAAUUUGCUGGGUGGCACUAAGAUUCAGGAAAUCACGCGACUCAUCCUUAGAGCUUUAAUGGGCAAAGCUUUAAGAUUAACUUAUGUUGCACAGAAAAAAAAUACCGGCAAAAAGGUGUUCAAAGAAACGAAGAUGUGGCCUUUUGUUAGAGGUUAUAUGUUGUAUCUCCUAUUUUUCUCAGUUACUUUUUCAAUAAUCUUAUGUUUCUUUCGAUUUUCAGAUGUCAUAAGAAGUAGAUUUUCAGAGGAAAGGAAACCGGACGACCAAAUGAUUCUUAGAUCAAUUUCAACCGUUCUUGCAAAUUCCGGUGACGACGAGGGAGGUGUUGCAAGACGAAAAAUUAUUACGGCAGUAAGACGCGCUGCUGGUGAGCAGGAAAUGAAACGACUGGCAGCAUUAGGCAAUGAAGAUGAACUCGCUCCUGUCAAUCUAGUUUAAUGCAUAUUUUGUGGUAAAAUUGUUGACUUAAUUUUAUGGCUGUGUUGACUUUUUUUACACAAUAAAUAUGGGUUGGUUUUCUA